AAAACCCAAAACUCCCGGGCGACUGCACACUGCGUUUAAAAAUGUAAAUACACUCAAAUAAACUCCUCUCUUUUGGAUUUGUGAAGUUUAUAUAUUACAUUAUUCCUUUUAAUUAUAAAUCUCUUCUCUUGGAACACGUGCUGAGCUACACCUAGCUACAGCUUUACUGUAUCAAGGAUUGUGUGCAAACAUGGCGGCCUCUUUUUAUAGUACAAGGAAGAAGGAACGCGAAAGGAAGGCAAGACGACAAGAACAACACAUGACGAAACGGGGUCAAAGACAAGUUGACGAAAAAGAUGAUCCUUUGGUGAUUCUUAAAGAAGACAUUGAGAAGAUCAGACUCUCUUUGUCAGAUUCUUCCUUUACUCACAGACAAAGAUGGCGACAGACAGAAGAUGUUGGGCUGUCAAGCUCUAUCCGUGUUUGCUCAAAACUUAAAGGAAAACUAUCCCAUAUGUCCAGUAUUGAUUCAGCAGAAGCGGACAAACUGGCUGCAGUAUACGAUGAAUUCUGUAAAACAAUUAACGUCAUGGCGGAGGACCACAGGGAAUACAAUUCACAUAUAUAUGAAGAGGAGGAAAUGACCAAAAAAUACUACAACAAGACCUGUCUUGAUAUCCUUGAACUUUGGACAAGUUGUUCAACGGCCACAGUAGAGUUAAUGGUCCCGUUGAUUCAACAAUACUGGGAAAAUCAGAGCGAAUUUGAGAACCUUGCAAAGAAAAUUGCUGAUACAUGUUGCUCCUGUGUAAAGUUUACCACAGUGGCGGUGAAUCUUAACAAACACCCUAUCCCAGACGAUUGUGGGAGUAAGGUUAUCCAGACAGCGACAGAAUCUCUCAACCACACAGCAGACACACUAAGUAAACUGAUAGAGGCCAUGAUUAACACAUCCAUUAAAGUAGCUGAAGACGCAGCAUUAGAUAUGGCGAUGUGGCUUCUAUUCAGCAUUCAUCAUGUCGCCCAGAAUGUAUUGAAACAACAAAACAAACAAGAAGACAACAAUGAGAAAGAAGAGGGAAAAGAGCCAGAAAAGCAAACCGAGGAACAAGUACAAGAUAAAGAAUCUACUGAAAUAACAGCAAGUUUGAAUAACCUACUGACAAAGCUAGAAAACUUACAGAUGGAACUGAACAAUCAGUACGUGGAGAAAAAUGAAACAAAUGGUGAGGAUGGAGAAAAGGACAACAGCUGCAAGAAUGAUCAACAAGCUAUCGACAAACUUGCAAACGUAUACCAAAGUGUUGUGGACAAGAUUUUUGAAAAGGGGAAAGUAACGGUUUGUAUUGAAGAUCCUAGCGGAAGUGACGCAACAAUUUACUAUAAACCAGAUGUAUACACUGAAGUGGCAAACUGUUCACUUGGGUCUUGUCCAAUGAAAGACCGAGACACGUGGUUAGAUGAAAUACCUUUGACCUCUGACCAAGUUCUCGUUUCUGACAUCUAUGUCGUCAGGAAUGGACCUUUACAUACGUCAUCAGAAGUGGAAAUUGAUUUUACAUACGUCCCUAUGUCUAGUACAAAGAACAAAAGCAUCAAGGUUAUCGCAAAACAAGAUGGCGCCUGGACAGAAAUAGAAACAGCAAAUGAGGAGAUGAGUGAUAGCGACGCUCAUCUUUCCUUUAAAACAAAGAACUUGGAGGCCUUCACGGCUUACGUUGAAAUCCUCUCUGAAAGUUCAGAGGUGUCUCCGGAGGGAACGACAUUUACAAGCGAGGCCAAUCCGGAUGUCAAGGUCACUUUCUCUGAAGGACUAGUGACCGAAACUAAGCAAGCAAAAAUAAAGAUUAUUCCUUACGACUUGAGGGAGGUGGCUGCUUUGAAGGAACAAUGUCCUGAUUCCAUUAGAGGUAUUGUGACGGCUUCUGAUGCUGUAGAGAUUAGAAUGGAUGGAGAAUGUGACACCACAAAGUCUUUUACAGUCCAAGUAUCCAUGGAUGAUGAGGAGGAUCCAGAUACACAGCUGGUCGUCAUCAGGUUUAAUGAAGGCAAGGUUCAAGUACUGGAUAAGUCCCAAUGUCGGCUUAAAAAAGACAGAAAUCUCUAUCUUGUGGAAACAAAAGGCAUCUGGGGAAUAGCCGUUGCAAGAAUAAGAAAAAUAUUCCUAAAUAUGAGGGACACAGUUAAAAAGGAAUUCCAGCUGAUCUUUGGGUUGGUCCAACUGUGCAAUAUCUGUACUUUCCUUGACGACUCACAAAGGAAUAUGGAAGAGGGGUCGUUUUUUGUCUGGAUCGAAUGUAUCGAUAAAAAUUUAAUCCGGGAGGAUGUAGAAAACAAAGAAAAAGCAGGGUUAAUCGAGGUGAAACAAAGCCGUUCAAAGGACAUUACGCUCAGACAAAAGCAGACGAUCAUUCUAAAAAUAGAUGGACAAAUCAAGCUUCGCUUAGCAGACCCACCAGAUUCGUUUAAGAUCACUUAUUUGAUUGGUGCAGACAAUCAUGUGAAUAUACCAAUGGAAGUACACAGGGAUCAAGAAAAAAUCCCGUAUGCUUCAUUUGCAUUUCACGAAGAGGACAGUGCAAAUCCAUUCCACACUGUGAAUAUUCCAGUCCGGGACUUAUCUGAACUACCCACAGAUGAAGUAACAGCAAAGAAUUUUAAUAAAAACAACGAAAGUAACAAUUUAAGAGAGCAAAUGAAGCAAAAGGAGGAAGCUGCAAAGAAAAUUCUCUCCCAUGACAGUAUCAUGAACCUGUCACGUGUUUUGUCUGAAAGGGAUGGGCGCAUGCUCGGUGAGCAGCUGGGCGUGGACUCUGCUUGGAUAGCUCGCGCCAAGGAGGAUUGUGACGGGAACAUUCUCCGAACAAAUUUCCGAGUGCUUUGUGAAUGGAGGGGGAAAGCAGCAAGAGCUGCAAUGGUUGAUUUUUUAAUAUCGUCGCUAAAAACCAUUGGAAGAAAUGAUUUGUCGACCAUAGUAACUAAUGUCAACAAAAGUAGGCGUGGCUUGUUGAAUGAGGAUUUUAAUUGAUUCUGCAUCAGUGAUACACAAGAAGUAUUUUCUGAAUUCUGUGAUAUGUUUUUUUUUCUUCUACAUAAUAUAUGUUUAUAAAUAACUUCCAGUUAUUUGCUUUGCUUGGGAAGACAUUUGGAGCUUUAUUGAGGAAUUAUUUGACUUCAGCACAUACGAUUUUGUAGCAACAGGAAUUAUUGUGCAACUAUUGGGC